AUGGGGUUGUUCUGGAAAUUUGACUGCAUCUCAGAAGGGUUGAUUUCCUCCGUACCAGUACCAACCACGGGCAACUCCAUAGCCAAUGAAAAUCGAGACCCUGAAGGCCUUUCCAUUCUUGGAUCCCACAGCAACCUAAGAGGUGACACUUCACUCCAGUGUUCUGGUAAUAAGGAAUCGAACGGUCUAAAAGGGGAAUGGAUUGCCAAGUGCAUAUCCAGCAAGACCUUACUGGAUGUGAACGGACGUGUGUUAUCGGUUCAGGAGGCCAGAUUGGCGACAACCUGGCGAACGCACCACGCGUUUAGCGCGCGCUGUGGGUUAGCGGUAAGCCAAACGACAAUUUAUUCUCCGCCAAGGACCCCACACACACCUGCGGGGAUUCCCAAGCAGACCGAAACCCCCGAGGAUUCCACCCAGACGUGUGGUCAGGCGCUUCCUUUCCGGGGGACACCGCCCUGGAUGCUUCGGGAUGCGCGAUUUUAUCGUGCGUGGAAGAUCGACGUUUAUAUCCGCUCCACCUGUGCGGAUCCACACAUUUUGCUCAGUGUCGCACCCCACUACUUUGUCUAUGGUUAUGGUAAUGGUGUGGCUUUGAACGGGAAAAGCGGGCCGCAUCCUCCGACGGGGCAAAAUGGCGACAACGAAAACGCUUUGCCAUGGCCGUCUAGCGUGGAGGACAAGAUCGCGUAUGAUAAACGGAUGCUGGAGACACCACUUGUGUACGAAGAGCCCUACGCCGUCUCGGCCGCGUUCGGAUCCAAGGGGAUACAUCUCUGGAGUGAUCACUGGGUGCGGCAUGGUGAGCGGGUCUCCAGCCACCGUCUUGAACCUUUUUUUUCUAAAGAAGAUUCCUUCUUACAAUCCUUCUCGCCUCUGUCGUUUAUUCAAUUCUCUUCGGAUCAGGAAGGUGGCGUGUCGGGGGAAGGCAUCACACGGAAUGGAUCUUCAACAGAGGGGACGCCUCUUGGAUACCAAGGAUUCGUUCGACUGCAAUGGAGUACGCCCGACCCUUGUUCAGAUGCUCAGAUGGAUGAUACUUUGGUAGCGACGUUAUCUGUUUUUGUUGGUGAAACUCGACACCGGGAUUCACAAAAGGGUGAUCUGGGUACACACAGGGAUGCGGCAAACUCCUCCAAAAACAAUCUUGGAAUUGACAGCAACGAUAUAAAAUGGCAACACGCCUUCGACAGGACACUCCAGCUUGGCCCAGAAACGUCAAAUCUGUUAUUUGUUCCGUAUGUUACUUUACUAGACAGUGGUAGUGAGGUACUUAUUCUUAACUAA